CUUUGCUAAAAAAGGACGCAGCCUCCCCAGAGCUCACCUGAAAGAUGAGUGAUGGCACGUGGAUCACACUUAGUCCGGCAGAGUUUGCUCAGCUCCAACAGUAUUCCGACUAUUCCACAAAGAAAUUAAAAGAUGUUUUAGAAGAAUUCCAUGGGGAUGGUGUCCUAUCAAAAUAUAACCCAGAACAGAAACAAGACACUCUGAACCAACCUAUUGACUAUGAGGGAUUCCAGCUCUUCAUGAGAACAUACCUGGAGGUGGACAUUCCAGAAGAGCUCUGCCAGCAUCUCUUCAUGUCCUUCAAGCGAAAAAUCUGUCAAAAUUCCCCAGACAGCCAGCGGCAAAGUUCCAGCAUUCCCCAGCUCAACACUCUGGAGGGCAAGACUAUUGAUACAGGCAUCUCCAUCCAGACCGAAGUUGCUUGUGCCCCUGUUACAGGGAUCAAUGGGAAGACUCUGCUAAAUUCCAUAGGAAGGCACACACCUGAAUCCAAAAGCCCCCAGGUAAACCUAGCAGAGAAGCAACCAGCAUCUCUAAGUCCCACUCCAACUGCCAACAACAACACCCUCGGGAAUGCCUCGCCUAGCUGGUCCAGGUCAUCGUCGCAGAAAUCCACUGCCGGUACCCCCUCUGCUCAUAACUCCUCAGGGUCCUCCAAGAUCUCCUCAGGCUCCCUGCUUAGCCCACAAUCCCCAGGAUCCAGAAGCUUAGAGAAGAAAUUUCCAUUCAUCCUCCGAAAGAGCCACAACUCCCUGAAAACUGCCUGCCUGCACUCGCCAGCCCCUCUGGCUCAGGUAGUCUACCUGAAGGACAUUGUCUGCUACCUGUCACUGCUGGAAAGGGGACGGGCUGAGGAUAAGCUGGAGUUUAUGUUUCGUCUCUAUGACACAGAUGGCAAUGGCCUCCUGGACAGCUCGGAGCUGGAUUGUAUUAUCAAUCAGAUGGUUCACGUAGCAGAAUACCUGGAAUGGGACUCCACAGAACUAAGGCCGAUCCUAAAGGAGAUGAUGGAAGAAAUAGACUAUGAUCAUGAUGGAACUGUGACACUGGAAGAAUGGAUUCGAGGUGGCAUGACCACUAUCCCUUUGCUGGUCCUGCUGGGCAUGGAAACGAACGUAAAGGACGAUGGUCAGCAUGCCUGGAGGCUGAAGCACUUCAAGAAGCCUGCCUACUGCAACUUCUGUCGCACCAUGCUCCUGGGGGUCAGGAAGCAAGGCUUGUGCUGCUCCUUUUGUAAAUACACAGUCCAUGAAAGAUGCGUAUCCAAAGAGAUUGCCCCCUGUAUCAGCACCUAUGUGAAAUCCAAGAGAAAUACCAGUGUAAUGCAGCACACAUGGAUUGAGGGGAACUCCCCGGCCAAGUGUGAUCGGUGUCACAAAAGCAUCAAGUGCUAUCAGGGCAUUACCGGACUACAUUGCGUAUGGUGUCAGAUCACACUUCACAACAAAUGUGCCUCCCAUGUGAAGCCAGAGUGUGAUGGUGGGCAACUGAAGGAACACAUCUUAUUGCCUUCUCACGUCUGCCCCGUGGUUGUGGACAGACAAUCCCACCCGAGGAGAUCAGAUAGUGAAUCGCCAUCCUGCACCACCCCAGAUGAUACAAACCUGACCUUCAGAUACAACACUAUGACAGUGGAUGGACAUGGGCUGCAGAUUACCCCUAAGCCUGGAACACAUCCACUGUUGGUGUUUGUGAACCCCAAGAGCGGAGGGAGACAAGGAGAAAGGGUCCAUCGGAAAUUCCAUUAUCUACUCAACCCCAGACAAGUUUACAACCUGGACCGAGGGGGACCCAUUCCUGGAUUAAAUUUUUUCCGUGAUGCUCCAGAGUUUCGGAUUCUGGCUUGUGGAGGGGAUGGGACCGUUGGAUGGAUCCUGGACUGUAUAGAUAAGGUAAACUUACCAAAGCACCCUGCUGUAGCUAUUCUUCCCCUCGGGACGGGAAACGACCUUGCCCGCUGUCUCCGUUGGGGAGGAGGUUAUGAAGGAGGCAACUUAAUCAAAGUCCUGAAAGAUAUUGAGCACAGUACAGAGAUAAUGCUUGACCGGUGGCAAAUUGACGUGAUCCCCAAUGACAAAGAGGAGAACGGAGACCCAGUCCCAUACAGCAUCAUCAACAACUAUUUUUCCAUAGGGGUGGAUGCAUCCAUUGCACACAGAUUCCAUAUAAUGAGGGAAAAACAUCCUGAAAAAUUUAACAGCAGAAUGAAGAAUAAACUGUGGUAUUUUGAAUUCGGUACCACUGAAACCUUUGCUGCCACCUGCAAAAAGCUCCAUGACUAUGUAGAGAUUGAGUGUGAUGGAACAGUUCUGGAUCUGAGUAGCACUUCACUGGAGGGUAUUGCAGUCCUCAACAUCCCCAGCAUGUAUGGAGGCUCGAACCUCUGGGGGGAAACCAAGAAACAACGCAGCUAUAACCGGAUGAGCAAGAAGGUGCCUGAAAAGUUACAAUCCUCAGUUGUUACAGAUGCCAAAGAGCUAAAGUUCUGUGUCCAAGACCUUAGUGAUCAGCUCCUGGAAGUUGUGGGACUUGAAGGGGCUAUGGAGAUGGGACAGAUCUAUACUGGACUGAAAAGUGCUGGCAAGAGGCUAGCCCAGUGUUCCUCCGUCACCGUCAGGACAACCAAGCUGUUGCCCAUGCAAGUGGAUGGAGAGCCCUGGAUGCAGCCCCCCUGCACAAUUAAAAUUACCCACAAAAGCCAAGUGCCAAUGUUACUAGGCCCUCCCCAAAAGACCAGCUUCUUCUUCUUCAGGAGAAGAAACCGAACUCGAGAUUAAUCUGCAACCAAACAAAGAACGCUCUUCAAAACGGCCAUUCUCUGUGCCAGUGGCAACCUCGCAGGGAAAGCCUAUGGAAAAGAAACCUUCAUCCCUUCAGAUUUCCUGGCUUCUGUAUCUGCUUUGGAAACAUCAGUCUGGAGGCAGCAUUAUGAACCGUUAGUGGAAAAUAACAGGGUUGGCAUUCGGCAGUCAAACUGAAAUAGCGGUGUGGGUUUGUAUAUACAUGCACACAUACCCACAUUUUCUAAAUAUCACUGGCAGGGAUAACACUAACACUGGUGGUUCAGGAGGAUUUUUCCCCUUCACGAUGCCACAGUUCAAGGAGGGGAAACGCUUAACUGCUCUUGGUUGGGCUGUGGUAAAACUUGGGCCUUUGGGGAGGAAAGCUGCUCUGGACAGCCAUGAAUUACACAACCCUGUCAGAAAGCAAACAAACAGACAUGGAAACAGCAUGUCUGACAUAGUGCUGCAGAUGGGGUUUGGGAUCUUUUCCGUUUAUUUGGACCUUUUAGAACCCCAGAAGUUGUCGUUGAUCCACCAAACUAGGCAAGAAACCAAGCUUCACUUAUUUAUUUUGCAAAAUAUGUCAGAAGACAUUUGGCAUCUCGCUGCACUGCCCUUGUGGUCAUCACCGAGUCCCACACAUUAUUAGAAAUGUUAUUUAUUUUUACUUAGUUUAGAAAACACUGGGGAGACAAGAAGGGAAAGGAGGAGGUGCAUCAUUUUUACAGCUCUUUCAAGAGCAAUGUCCUUUGCUAGCUUGGCUGUAACUUUCUUUUAAAGUAGAAGCUGGUUAGGUGUUCCAUUUCAGAGGCACAUAGAUGUAAAAAGCUAUUAUUGCCAAGAGGAAACCAGAAAGAGUGAGUUAGAGAGUCGACGGCUAGAGCCUUUUUUGGAAGCAGCAAGAAAACUCAGGGUAUUUAAAAUGUAUAAAUAAUCCAAGUGCAGUUUGGUAAAAUGAUGACAAAAUUUGGAUAUCCUUUGAGCUUAGAUGUUAGGCCUCUGUGUUAAUAUUUUUGUAUU